AUGGUACAAGCACAGCUAGCUCAACACACUAAGGGCAAGAAGAGGCAACAGAAGAAGAAGUUCUCCAUUUUGUUAUCCCGAACUGGAAACAGCCAUACUAGGGAGGAAAUAACUUGGAGGGAGAAGGAGAAAAGGGGUAAAUUGCAGAACAAAGAGGAAUGGGUGGAGAACCUUUCAGACAGGGUUCUCACCCAGCCCGAGAUGGAUGUCCUUGCUAAAGGGUUGAAUUUCACAAUCACACCAAGAGCCAUCCCUGUAGUGGAUAUUAUCUUAGCCACUGAGGCCUCGAUCCACAGUAACAAAGUGUCACAGGGUGAGGCUGAACAACUUCGCCUAAAAGUGAAGAUUCACAAAGGAAUAAAGGAAGAGGCCCUGAUCACCUUCAAGGGAAUUACACCCAGGCAUUGGUUCAGAUAUGUGGAUGAGACUUGGGUUAAGAUUCACAAACAAGAGUUACAGGCUUUCACUGACCAUAUCAACUCACAUAACAUCAAGUUUACGCUGGAAGAUAUGCAAAACAUAAAACUGGGUUUUUUGGAUUGUUUAGUAACAUUAGAAGAGGGAAGGAGGGUGGAAAUAGAGGUCUACCGAAAACCAACACACACGGACCAGUACCUGCUAUUUUACUCCCACCACCCUUUAGACCACAAAUUGGGAGUCAUCAGAACUCUACACCACCAGGCAGAGAAAAUUCCCACCAGAACAGAGGCCAAGAUAAAGGAAUUCAAACACCUCAGGGGGCCUCUUAAAACUUGCGGGUAUCCAGACUGGGCUUUGGUCAAUACAGAAAAAAGGAGAGGAAAGAAUGCAGAGAAUACCAGUGAGGGUGAAAAGCAUGACAAACGGAAGAAUUUGGUCAUCCCGUAUGUAGCUGGGGUGUCUGAGAAACUCAGAAGGGUUUUU